AUGAACGGAAAGGAGGGCAGUUUUGGAAUGAAAAUCUCGUCCAAUAAUGACGUUGAAGGUAAACUGCCAGAAACCAGAAACAAAUUAAAAGUUUGGAUGUAUAAGAUAUGGGAAUUUACUAAAGAAGACAUUAACAGAGUUACAUUCUCGUUAAAAGUUGGGCUUGCUGUUCUCCUUGUGUCUUUACUCAUACUAUUCCAAGCACCUUAUCAAGUCUUCAGCACCAGCAUUAUCUGGUCCAUCCUCACAGUCGCCAUCAUGUUUGAAUAUACUGUUGGUGCAACAUUUCACAAAGGAUUCAACCGUGUGCUCGGAAGCUUGUUUGCUGGAGUGUUAGCCAUUGCUGUUGCUGAAUUAGCUUUGAUGAGUGGCCCAGUUGCUGAACCCAUUAUUAUAGGCAUCAGUAUAUUCAUCAUAGGGAGUGUAACCUCAUUCAUGAAGUUAUGGCCAACCUUUGUGCCAUAUGAAUAUGGAUUUCGAGUUAUACUAUUUACAUACUGCUUGAUCAUAGUUUCGGGGUAUCGAACAGGGAAUCCAAUUAGAACAUCGAUUGAACGACUUUACUCAAUCGCUAUUGGUGCAAUUAUAGCAAUAGCAGUGAAUACUUUGAUUUUCCCUAUAUGGGCUGGUGAGCAGUUGCACAAGGAACUUGUCAAAAGCUUCAAUUCAGUAGCAGAUUCACUUGAAGAAUGUGUUAAUAAGUACUUAAGCAAUGAUGGAUCAGAUCAUUCAGAGUUCACCAAUACUCUCAUGGACGAAUUCCCAGAUGAGCCUCAAUACAAAAAAUGCCGAUCUACACUGAACUCAUCAGCUAAACUCGAGUCAUUGGCUCUUUCGGCUAAAUGGGAGCCACCACAUGGCAGGUUCCAGCACUUGUUCUAUCCAUGGAGUGAAUAUGUCAAAGUUGGCGCCAUCUUACGAUAUUGUGCAUAUGAGGUCAUGGCACUUCAUGGCGUUCUUCACUCAGAAAUUCAGGCACCGUAUAAUUUAAGAUCCAUAUUCGAAACAGAGAUAUCAGAAGCAACAAACAAGGCUGCAGAGUUGAUGAGAUGUCUGGGAAAAGAUAUAUGUGACAUGAAGCAGACCAUUAAAUCUACUUUAGUGAGAAGCGUACACAGCUCAUCUGAAAGACUCCAAAGAGCAAUAGAAACACAUGCGUAUCUUCUUGCAUGUAGUUAUCAACUUCCUGAUCAUAAUUCAUCAAUCUCACUCCCUAUUAAUGGUUUCUCAAAGUCAAACCAACUGGCUGAGUUUAAAAAAGAGAAUGAAGAAGAACGUGAGAUGAACUCCCAAAGGAUACUCUCAGUCUCAUGGGAGAGCACUGCAGCACUGUCACUUGCUACUUUUACUUCACUGUUAAUAGAGUUUGUGGCUCGCCUUGAUCAUUUGGUUGAAGCUGUCCACCACCUUUCCCAGAUGGCCAAAUUCCAACAUGAGAGUUUAUGA